GCCGGCUGGGAGCGCCACGAUGCCAUGCAGCUGGGCCUUCAGGACGAGCCUGCCUUCGCAGAUUUGUUGGAGGCCGUUCGCGAGGCCAUCCCCUCCCUGGAGCAGAAGGGUCUUUCACGAGUGCUCAUGGGCCUUGGAGAUACGCACGAGGACCUGCCAUUCGCUCAUGCGACGACUCCUUAUGCGCACCUGCAAAGGGUGGUCGCGGUAGCUGAAGCAGCCUGCCUCAGGCUGCAGGUCUUCUGGAAGGAAGCUACAUCCGAGAAUCUGGAUGACAGGGAUUUGGGAUUUCCUCUUUUUGCGCUGUCCCGCCUGGCCAUCUACAACGAGGAUACCUUCGCCAUGGGCUCUGCACAUCUCGCGGCAAAGAUCACAGGAGAGCUGCCCGCAGCAGCUCUGAGGCAGUGGCUCCUGGCUUGCAACAGCGUCAACCACUCCCUAGCAGAACAUGAGACGCCGAUAGCUGCGUACAAGCCUUUGGGAGGUUGGGGGCAGGAGGAAGACAGCCGGUUACAUCAAAUGGCCGGGGCGUUGGUGGUCUUCAAGAACCCUGAUCCCUUGUUGGCGGAUGUACUUCGGGAAGUCCUGCGACGGCCAGCAAGCCAGAUGAAGUCCAGCAAAGCCGUGGCGCUAUACGGUCUUCAGGCAGUGCGCUUGCUCAGCGAGGCCGGCGCCAUUUGCACGUCCAUGCCUCUGAGUGAGGCCUUCCUGACCAGCGAGUUGGAGAGGCAUUUGGAGGUGAAGUCUGGAAGAGUUCGACGGCGCUCGAAGUUGGAGACCGUGGUUGGCGAGUCCUUGCAGCGCUGCGGCUUCGAGCCCGUGCACGACGUGCUGGCUGGCCCGGGCCUUUCUGCAGACUUUCGUUGUCUUCGCCGUGGUCGGAGCUUUUUUGUGGAG